AUUCCUAAGCUGUGUUGAGCUGUGGUUGUAUGGUGGCUAUAAAAGCCGGUGAAUCGUUCCACAAUGUGCGUGGGCCCGUUCCGGAGAGUGUGCCACUGGGGCCCUCUGACCGCUCUGGGCAUCAUCCAGUCCAUCACCUUGAUGACAAUCCACUGUUUCUACCUGCUGUGGCCGUCUGAAUCCAAUUGGCUCCCAGGGAGGAUCCAAUUUUGGAUAUUCUGUGGGCUCAGCUGUGCGACGCUGUAUGCGUUCCUGAAUGCACUGCUCGUUGGACCUGGAUUUGUGCCGAAAGAAUGGAGACCGGAGGAUAAAUCUGCCGAGUCGCUGCUACAGUUCUGCUCCUUCUGUCAGGGAUACAAGGCUCCGAGAGCUCACCACUGCAGAAAAUGCAAUCGCUGUGUGAUGAAAAUGGACCACCACUGUCCGUGGAUCAACACCUGUGUGGGCCACAGAAAUCAUGGCUACUUUGCCUACUUUCUACUGUUUGCCGUCCUCGGAUCACUGCAGGGAGGGAUGACCAUGUCCCUGGCGGUGUAUAGAGUGUUCACGGCGCUCUACUACCGCGUAUCGCUACUGGCGCCACCUAUAACGAUGAACGUCUACGCCCUGAUGGGAUGUCUCUUUUGCAUUGGUCUCUCCAUCGGAGUGGUGCUUGCAGUGGGAAUGCUCUUCGUUUAUCAGGCUCUGUCUAUCCUCCGUAACCGUACCGGUGUGGAGGACUGGAUUCUGGAGAAGGCUGUACACAGACGACGGGUGGCCUUCCAGAGACGGUGGACAGAACUCAUGGAUCGAGCUGAUCAGGGCGAGGACAUUUCCGAAGAGGAAGCCUCCCUCCGGCCGGAGUUCUUCUUCAACCCGUACGACCUCGGACGGAUGAGGAACUGGAGCUUGGUGAUGUCGCCGCUAGGGGCGCCACUGGGCGACGGCAUAGUUUGGCCCGUGAGGGCCGGGUGCCAUCAGUACACACUGACGGUGGAGCAGCUUGAACAGAAGGCAGAGAAGCGCUCCCGGAUGAGGGAGUACCUCAUCAUUGAGGACUACUCCGGCUCGUGGGUGCCCAUCUCCAAAGGACUCCGAAUCUGCUGCCACCCUCCCUGCACCGACGAAGCUCGAAUCCCGCUCCGUCGCGGCGACUCCGUUCUCGUGUCUCGCUGGAGAACAUAUUGGCUAUAUGGAGAACGGCGGCCAAGACCUACAGAAGGAGCAUGUGGGGCAGCUUUUACAAGCCAGAGUGCUAGCGGUGGAAGCAUUAGCGGCGGUGGAAGUGUAAGCAGAAGUGGAAGUGGAAACAUAAGUGGAAGUGGAAGUGGCCGUGGAUGUGGAAGUGGAAACAUAAGUGGAAGUGGAAGUGGAAACAUAAGUGGCGGUGGAAGUGGAGGUUUUAUGAGAAAUGUUGGAGGAGGACAGCAUCCAACAAGUCCAGCAGAUCGUCCCAGAGGCUGGUUCCCCCGGAGGUGUGCGGUUGAAGAGGUGGGAGGGGUGGUGGAAGGUGGGGAGGAGUGCGGGGGAGGCAGGGAGAAACAGGAGUAGAGGAGAAGAGAGGGAAAGUGGAGGAGUGAGGGAAAGAGGGAGAGGGGAGAGACAGUGGAGAGAUGUAGAAGGAAGUGGAGAGAGAAGAGCAGAAGAGGAGAGGGAGGGAGAGAGGAGAAGAGAAGAGAAGAAGGGGAAAGGAGAGGAUGAAGAGAGGAAGAGAAGAGGAGGUCGACGUCAGGAUUGGAUUUCAGGUAAGCUUGGGUCGAACAAUAUUGGGAAAUGGGCGACAUCAUAUUAGCUGCUAAACGAUAACUCUGAAUUAACGGUUUCUCCCCCACCUUAUUUUUUUAUCAUAUGUUGGUUUUAUGUGUUCUGAGGUUGUGCAUAAUUAAAUAUCUGGCAGAGAAAGUCUGUUGGAAAUAGUAAGAUGCAUUACCGUCUACUCCACGACACCAUAAGCUAACAUGCUUUAGCCUUUACGAAGUCCCGUUUCCCGUUUUCAGCACUCGCUUUAUGCCUCUUCGACUGGUAGCGACGCUGGCGGGUCUUUACUGAAUCACUAGUUUAUAUACCGCUCACUAGGUGGCAGUGAAGGACACGGCUCGCUUCCUCAGAUCAGAGGCACAGUCGUAACCCGUCUUGGCCCGAGACUGGAUGUCGGGCAGUUUCACCGACGAAGCAGUUGACUGCUUCGUCUCCCAACUGCUCGGCCAGAGUUGCCAGGUGCUGCCAGUUAAAGUUGCCAGGCGUUUGCCAGAUGCGUUUGCUGACUGCGGUGAUGUGAUCUCUAUUUGAAGUCGUGUUUACCAAAGGGUGUGUUGUGGUAGUAGCGAUGCGUUGCUCGAGUGAGACUUGCGACUUCGUUGCCAAAUGCCAUGACAACUGGUGGUGAGUCUUGUGAUUUGACGGGUGACUUUACAACUAGUGUGGACCAGUGUUUGAUGUGUGCUUGAAUUCCUGUUACUUCAAGACACUACGAUUCAACUCAAAAUUAGCUACAGUCUGACAAACGUUGGAAGGCACGGAUUUAAAGUACAACUGUUAUUUAUUUACUUUCCUGGAUUUCUCUAUACGCCCAACAACUUUGUUUUCAAAAUCUCAAACACAUCAGACUAUCUGCAGCGGCUAUUUCACGCAUUUAGUUUUCAAGGCGCCUUUUUUUUCUUAGAUUUGCCAGGCUAAUCUCGGAUGUGUUUUCGGGUGUUGUUUGUGAGUUUCGAGUGUUUUCAUGAACAUUUUACUAUUGACACAAACAGCUGGCAUGUUUGUGUCAAUUCAAGGCGUGUUUGUGUGGUGUUUGUCUCCACGAAGUGAAGUGUUUGUUUGUUGGUAUAUAGUAAUUGUCAUAGUGCCUUCAGUGUUUAGAUCAGGUUUCUGCCAUUCCAAUAUCGCUGGUAGCAAUACUCGGUGUAAAGUUGAUAAAACGCUUUACUGAGAAAAGUGAAUGCUUUUGAAAAUCAUCGCUCUAGUUAUAUACGAUGUGUGGUUGUUGAAACGUUACGUUGAUCGUGGCUUCCUUUGGAAAUUUCGUUAUGUGCGUUAAUCAUUACCAAAUGUGUGACUAGAAAUGCAAUGUGUGCUUUAGGGUGUUGUAUCAAUAAGGCGUAGGUUAAAGGUUUGCACAAGCAAUGUUGAUACGCAUGCAUUCAUUUAAGAAAAUAAGCUUAUCGUGCAUUCAGCUUUAAGCGUGGUGGAAUGGAAAGAAGAAAUUGUUCGUCCUAGCUCAAAUCCAUUGUGUCAUUUAAAUAGCCUAAUAGAAAAACGUUAAAUCGACUUAACGGCACAAUUUCCAGCUGCUCACUUUUGCGUGUAUUUAUACGUGCUUUUGUUACGUUAUUCGCUUGCUUUUUCGUUGAUCUGUGUUAGCUUGCCGUGUUGAAUGCUAAAUGCUAUAAAAAAGCACGUUGUUGGAGCGUAUACAGUCCAUAUCAGAAUGAACUAUGCACUCGUGGUCGUGAACAAUACACUGCGUGAAAGAAA